AUGUCUCACAUCAACGACAUAGUAUCACAUGAAGAUAUAAAAUCCUUUAAUUCUCCUAAAAAAACUGAUACUGGCAUUCUGCCGUCCCUAUGGAGCUUACUGUCCCGUCGUACUCGGGGCUCUGGCCGUGCUGGUUCGAUGUCACCAGCUAAAAAGAAGUCUCAGACAAUGAGUAGCCCAAUGCAUAUUCCCAGCGUUCCGGUUAUGGAGCCCGUGAAAAGAUCUCGAACUGAAGAUUCUUUUGAGAAUUCAGUGCAAGUUGAACAGACACCGAAAAAGAAGAGAGGUAGACCAAAGAAACCGAAACUAGAAGAACCUACCGAGGCCGGGUUUGUCACAGCUUCUUCAUCUCCAAUGAAGUCUCAUCAUGUUUUUUCAUCCCCGGCUAAAUCUCCCGUGAAACCCGUUUUAACUCAAUCGCCUCUCAAAAUAACAUUAAACAAAGAUUUCAUACCAACACCAAUUCCUGCAGAAGGUGAAUACAAUCCGCCACAGGAAAAGCAUUUAACAUACUUCUUCGAUGGAUUUGAAGGUUAUAUUGAUCAGAAAAAGCCCAUUCGUUCGCAUAAGAAGUCUACUAAUUCGAUGGCAAUGGCUCCUCAAGUCACGCGUGAGCAGUUCUCGUUAAUAUCCAGCGUCCUGAAUGGAUUUCUCCAUAGGUCAAGCAAAGCAGAGCUUCACAAAAUUCAACUCCAGAUGUUUCCGCAGUAUUGGUUUGAGGUUACGCAAGGGUUUUCUUUACUGUUUUAUGGUAUUGGUUCGAAGAGGCAGUUUCUCGAGCAAUUUGUCCUAGAAUACCUGUCGCCAAGACUUGCAUUAGCUCCAGAAACCCAUCUUGAGCUAAGCAAUCAGUAUGAAGAAGAGGAAGAUAGUGAUGGUGAGAUUGAAGGCGUGCCUUGCGUAGUUAUCAAUGGUUACAAUCCUACUUGUAGCUAUAGAGAUGUUUUCCAUUCCAUUUCCAAAAUUAUGCUCCCAGAAGAAUUGAGCAAAUCUGAAACGAAAUACUGGGGAAAUCACGUCGAAUUGCAGAUCAAUAAAAUGAUUGAGGUUUAUCGCGAUACGCCCUCCAAUGUCAAGCUCAUUCUUCUUGUUCACAAUUUGGACGGGCCGAUGCUGCGCAAGGAUCCAUUCCAAAAUAUGCUAAGCUCUCUAGCGCGGGUCAGACAGAUAGCUCUGGUUGCUUCUACAGACCACAUAUAUGCGCCCCUUUUGUGGGAUCACGUACGGACACAGAAUUUCAAUUUUGUGUUCCAUGACAUCACCAAUUAUGAAAACUAUUCAGUUGAAUCCUCUUUCAACGAUAUCAUGAAAUUGGGCCGCAAUGACUCCAGCACUGGUGCUGAGGGUGCUCGUUAUGUGCUCGAUUCUCUAACAACAAAUUCUAAAAGAAUGUAUCGAUUACUCAUUGAUACUCAACUCAAUAACAUGGAUUCACAAGGCAAGAUAACUGCCACAAAGCGUGGUUCUCAUCUGUUUGGUAUAGAGUUCAAACAGUUUUAUCAUAUGUGUGCCGCAGAGUUUAUCGCUUCUAAUGAGAUAUCUCUGCGAUCCAUGCUGGGAGAAUUCAUCGAGCAUAAAAUGGCUGCAAUUUCAAAAGAUAGAACUGGAGCAGAAACCGUAUAUGUUCCUUAUUCUUACGCUGAAAUGCAAACUUUACUGAGAGAUGUGCUUGAUCUUUAA